AUGCAUUUACUUGGUCAAGUUGGCUGCUGUGGCCGCAACUUUUUUACGAAACACCACAACACGAGACCCACGCCACACAAUGCAUUCAUCAUACGGAACUACUCAUCAGAAUUUGUUAAAAAUCCUCAUACGCAGGAACAAGUGGAUGGUUUGAUUUACAUUCCGAAUUAUCUCUCGGAGGAACAAGCCAACAAAUUACUGGCACAUGUUGAUUCUAGGCCUUGGUUUGAUUCAUUGAUUUCUCGGAGAAUACAGUGCUAUGGAAUUCAUUAUUAUUACACUAAAUUAUUUCAUGCUGGUCUACAACCUAUGAGAAGAAGUCUUUUACCACUUCAUGAACUUGAAUUUGUAACAACUCGUAUUGAACAAGAUUUUAGUGGUAUUGGAAUUAAAUUUAUGAAGGAUGAGGAAAUUGUAGGUCUUCCCGACUAUUACGAAUUGUCGUCAGAUAGUGAUUCAAGUACAUUGGCAAGCCCAUCGAUUGGUUAUGAAACUAUUGAGGAUGACAGAAUUAAUCAAUGCCUUGUUCAAGAGUACUAUCAUCAUACCAUUGCAAAACAUGUCGAUAACACAAAUGUAUUUGGAAAAGAAAUUGUGGGUCUUUCUCUUGUGAAUUCAUGUGAAAUGGAUUUUGAAAAUGUGGAAAACCCGGAAAUGAAUUUCAAAGUAUUGAUUGAACCAAAUUCCUUACUUAUUAUGACCAAGGACGCUAGGUUUAAGUGGAAGCAUGGAAUUAAGCGAAGGAAGAACUAUCCAAGAAGAAUUUCCUUAACAUUUCGUCACUUGCUCUAUUCGCCAGAAACUACGCGAUUUGAAAAUAACAUUUUCGAAGCCACAACCUCAUCGUCACCACCUACCACCACCACGAAUUCGACACUCCUUUCACAACUCCAUUAUUUGAAUCAACACCAACAACAACAGCCAUUGAAUUCCAGUCAUAACCAACACCUUUCACUCCUCGGUCAUGAGACAAGCCAAACCUUACUUUUGGACAAUGCUGGAAUGUUGACAUCUUCAGCAACGACCAUGAGCCAACCAUCACAACAAUCGUCCUAUGUGAUGAGCAUGUUGUCAGGAAGUGUCAAUCAUCAUAAUCACACUACCACAUUAACACCAGCAGUUCAGCAACAAAUAUCCAACAACAAUGAUAACAAUACUCUUCUCUCACAACAACAACAACCACUCACCGAUGAGCUUGUCUUUUAUAAAGAAAUCGAUCAAGCAUUGAGUGAUUAUGACUCUUCUCUCGGACUCAAAGUUAUUCAUGAUGCUACUUCCCAACAACAGCAACAACAAUAUGGUUUGCCUCAAGACUUGAUAUUGAGUAACAUGAUGAUGAUGAAUUCGGGUCUAGUAAAUCAUUCAUCAACAUGCCAUGCUGGCUCAGGUACGACUGCUACUACUGCUACUACCACGACCACAACUCCUACUCUCUCAGUUGGACCAUUAGGACAUCAAGUCAUUGGUGGAGCAGCACCUGCACACAACAUUCAAGCGUUUCUUCAACACCAGCACCAACAGCAACAACAACUUUCAUUCCAACAUCAACCUCAAGGGAAUGAUCAUUCCCAACCAAACACCAUAACUUCACUCAUGAUGAGUAUGGGAGGACAAAAUGUUGUUGCAACUGGCAGUCCUAGUUCUGGAAUGGUAUUUGGACAAACGCCAACUAAUGCACCAGCGUCCAACAACUCUCAACAUGCCUUCUUGAUCCACCAACAAGGCUACUCCCAGCAACAACCUGUGUUGUUCCAUCAUCAAAAUAACCCAUCUAAUUUACCUGUCAAUAGUGUCAGUGGUACCAAUAACAAUGGUUUUAUGUUUCAAGCUUCACAAUUUCAACAACAAUCAUUCAAUACUCCAUUCAUGAUCAAUACUAGUAAUAAUAUCAAUAACAGUAACAACAACAACCACAUGAUGGUUUCUUCUCCAAGCUCACCCUUACCAACCACAGUGAUUGCCAAUCCAUUCCAACAACAAUCAACUUCUACCAUGAUGAUGAAUAACUCUUUCCCGAUCAAGUCUGUUGAGAAUAUCAAGAUGGAGAGCGAUAGAAGAAAGAAACGCUCCAACAGCACCAAUUCCGUCAUGAGCAUUGAUUCUACUUCAUCCUCUGUGAAUUUGCAAAAGCACAUUCAUGUGAGAAGUCAUUCCAACAACACGCAUCAACAACACCCGAAUUUAUCCUAUGCGUUUCAUAAUAGUAAUAAUAAUAUCAACAACAACAACAUGACUCCACAAUCACCUCUCGUUCUAAACACCAACCAUGGUAAUAACAGAGCUAUUUAUUCGGAGCCUUCCUCUCCAGUCAUGAUGAUGGGAAGUAGCCCCAUUAUGAUUAAUAACAACAACAACAUGAUGAUGACCUCCUCACCCACUUGCAGCCCAACAUUAAGUUCAUCAUUACCAUCCACUCAAUCAAGAAGAAGUCGUUCCGGAUCCAUGAGCAGUAGUGGUGGAGGCUCUACACACAAACCCUCAGUACCCAAGAGAACCAGUAGUUUGCAAUUUCAUACAUUUUUCUGUGAUGAAGAGGGAAAUGUCAAGCAACAAUCUUCAGCAGCAGCAACGAAUACCACUUCUUCCUCUCCACCUACUCUCAAUACGACGACGACGAUGAAUUCGUCAUCCAAUUCAACAUCAACAACAACAGGAGCAUCAUCUUCAGUGGUUGGAAAUACUUCACCCAUGAUGGCUUCUUCUCCAACCAUUGCCAAAUUAAAUCAAAUUGAAAAUAGAAAGAAGAGAAGUCAAAGUGAUGGAAAUUUGCAAAUGUUUGAACAGAAACAAUCCAAGAAAAAGUCAUCUGGACUCAACUCUCCUCAAACCAUGUUUGAACAGCAACAAACAGAACUCAACACCAAUUCUCCAGGAGGUAGUACUCAAUUCACAUUUGUUGAUAAUUCAAGUCCUAAUUUAUCUCUUCAACAGCAGCAGGCACUAUUCAGCAAGAAGAAUUACAUGCCAACUUAUGUACUAAGACAUAACAUUUAUGAUGAGUUCAAGUUCAAAUCCAAGAAUCCAAAUCAAAAAUAUUACAAAUUCUUUGCUAAUCAGUAG